AUGGCGACCCUCACCCAAAUGGCAGCCUCCUCUGCCCUCGACAUGCAACAGGCCAAUUCCCCUGUGUACCGCGGAAAGGCGACCACCGAACCCAAGGCCAAUGGCACAACCAAGCGUGCUCGCGACACCAAAUAUCGUCACGUCUUUGCAACGCAUUCUUCCUCCCGUACCUCUUGUCUCAGCCAGGAUGCAGAGAAGAUUCCCAGCUUCGUCGGCUUCAGAAAUCUCAUGAUUCUGGUUCUUAUCGUCUCUAACCUGCGAUUGAUGAUUGUGAACCUACAAAAGUAUGGCGUCCUCAUCUGCCUAUCAUGCCACGACUAUCGCCGCUCCGACGUCAUCACUGGCUUACUCCUAUAUCUCCUCGUCCCUGCGCACCUCUUCGUAACCUACUUGAUCGAACUUGCCGCAGCCUGGCAGGCCAAUCGAGCGUACGCUCGUAUAUCAUACGAACGUGACGAAGACACCCCCGCCAAAUACGCCGCCGCCCUUCGCAGCUUCAACUCAACAUGGUACAUCGUGGCCUUCUUCCACAGCGUUAACGCAGUCGCAAACCUCUAUAUUGCGACCAAGUACGUCUACUACGAUAUCUACCACCCGGGUAUCGGCACGCUCUGCGAACUCCACGCUGUCAUCGUCUUCCUCAAGUGCGCUUCGUACGCUCUCACAAAUCGCGACCUCCGCCAUGCCUACCUGCAUCCCAAACAAGCCGAUCCCCUACCAGAUCUAUACAAAUCAUGCCCAUAUCCACAAAACAUCAACAUGAAGAACCUGUGCUACUUCUGGUGGGCACCGACGCUGGUCUAUCAACCCGUCUAUCCCCGUACCGACAAGAUCCGCUGGGACUUUGUCCUCAAGCGCCUCGCCGAACUCGCAGGUCUCAGCAUCGUAAUCUGGAUCGCGUCCGCCCAAUACGCUGCGCCUCUCUUGCAGAACUCACUUGACAAGAUCCUCACCUUAAACUUCACAUCCAUCGCCGAACGCGUCAUGAAACUCUCCACCAUCAGCGUCUUCUGCUGGCUCUGUGGCUUCUUCGCCCUCUUCCAAUCCGCCCUCAACGCCCUCGCAGAGGUAAUGCGUUUUGGUGACCGAGAGUUCUAUGGAGACUGGUGGAACGUCUCUUCUAUCCGUACUUAUUGGACCACUUGGAACAAGCCUGUAACAAACUUUAUGCGCCGCCAUAUUUACUCACCCCUUGUCGGUCGCGGUGUGCCUCCUGCGCUAGCUCAGAUUCUUGUCUUCCUCUUCUCGGGCAUUCUGCACGAACUGCUUGUUGGUGUUCCAACGCAUAAUAUCAUCGGUGUGGCGUUUGCGGGCAUGAUGUUCCAGAUUCCGCUUAUCGCACUUACGGAUGUUAUUCAAAAGGUCAAAUGUAUCCAGGGCAAGGUUGCGGGUAACAUGAUCUUCUGGAUGAGCUUUUGUUUGGUUGGACAGCCACUUGCGGCGUUGCUUUACUUCUUUGCUUGGCAGGCGAAGUAUGGGAGCGUGAGUAAGAGUGUGGGCGAGAGUGCUGUAAAUGUGUUUUAUCGGCGGUAG